AUGAGACUGGCGAACAAAAAUUUUAACUUCUCCCGCGAUAAUAUUAUUAUGUUUUCUGCCUCUGCCAUUUCGAUUCCGACUUGCCUAACUCGUCUCCAUUCGACAGAGCCAUCAAAAUCUAAUCUCAAGCUGACAAACACAUCACUCAACUGCCACCACGUCAGAGUCCCUCCUCGGAAGCUCACCUCUUCCAAUUCCGAUGGAGGCCUAUUUGAAGCUUUUCAACGUCUUGACGGAUCAAUCGAAGCGUACGCCUACGCUAUCGAGCUUUCCGGGAAAAACAGAGCCAUCUCUCAGGGUCAACAGCUCCAUUCCCUCAUUCUCAAGUCCUUCCCCGCAACCGAGUUAGAUUUUUUAGCCGGAAAGCUUGUCUUUAUGUACGGUAAGUCCGGGUCUUUAGACGACGCAGAGAAAGUGUUCGACGAAAUGCGUCAAAGAACGGCCUUUGCAUGGAACGCCAUGAUAGGAGCUUACGUUUCUAACGGCGAACCCGCUUCAGCUCUCUCUCUUUACCGGAACAUGCGGUCAUCUGAAAAUGGCGUUCCUCUCCAUCUUCACUCUUUUCCUCUUCUGCUUAAAGCUUGCGGCAACCUUGGAGAUAUCCGGACCGGUACUGAGAUUCACUCUCUGCUCGUUAAGCUUCAGUACCAGUCAACGGAUUUUAUUGUCAAUGCUUUGAUUUCAAUGUACGCUAAGAAUGAUGAUCUAAGUGCGGCGAGGCAGUUGUUUGACGGGUCGGUGGAGAAAGGAGAUGAUGUUGUUCUAUGGAAUUCUAUAAUGUCUUCAUAUUCUACAUCUGGCCAAUAUUUGGAGACUCUGCAACUGUUUAGAGAUAUGCGGAUGAAUGGCCCUCCCUACAACAGCUACACUAUAGUUUCGGCGCUUUCAGCCUGCCAAGGCUUCUCAUAUGCUAAGCUAGGGAGAGAGAUCCACGCUGCUGUCCUUAAAUCACCUCAUUGUUUUGAAGUUUUUGUGUGCAACGCCUUGAUUGCUAUGUAUACGAGUUGUGGCAGGAUGCUUGAGGCAGGAAGGAUUCUUCGUCUUAUGGAUAACCAUGACGUUGUGACGUGGAAUUCUCUGAUCAAGGGAUAUGUACAGAAUCUCAUGUAUGAGGAGGCGCUUGAUUUCUUCUGUGACAUGAUCGCUGCUGGUCAUAGACCCGACGAGGUUUCUUUGACCAGUGUCAUUGGAGCAUCAGGGAGAUUAGGCAACGUGUUGGUUGGAAUGGGGUUGCAUGGUUACGUGAUUAAACGUGGCUGGGAUUCUAAAUUGCAGGUAGGUAACACGUUGAUAGAUAUGUAUUCCAAGUGCAACAUCACAAGUUACAUGGGCUGUGCCUUUCUUAUGAUGCGUGAAAAAGAUGUUAUUUCAUGGACUACAGUCAUUGCCGGCUAUGCUCAGAAUGAUUGUCAUAAAGAGGCGUUAGAACUCUUCCGGGAUUUUGCUAAGAAAAGGAUGGAGACUGAUGAGAUGAUACUGGGGAGCAUCCUUCGAGCUUGUGGUGCACUAAAAUCCAUGCUCACUGUCAAAGAAAUUCACUGUCACAUCUUGAGAAAAGGUUUACUCGAUACUGUGAUACAGAAUGAGUUGAUAGAUGUUUACGGAAAAUGCGGGAACCUGAGCUAUGCUACUCGUAUAUUUGAAUCAAUCGAAAAUAAAGAUGUUGUCUCUUGGACAAGCAUGGUUUCGUCUAGUGCUCAUAAUGGUAACGAAAACGAGGCUGUUGAACUCUUUGGACGCAUGGUUGAAACUGGUUUGGCAGCUGAUUCUAUAGCAUUGUUGAGUAUACUUUCCGCUGUGGCUAGUUUAUCUACUCUCAUGAAAGGGAGAGAAAUCCAUGGCUACUUACUCCGGAAUGGCUUUUGCCUAGAGGGGUCCAUUGCGGUUGCGGUUGUUGACAUGUAUGCAUGCUGUGGAGAUUUACAGAGUGCAAAUGCUGUGUUUGAUCGGAUAGAAAGGAAGGGUUUACUGCAAUACACAAGUAUGAUCAAUGCAUAUGGAAUGCAUGGCUGUGGAAAAGCAUCUGUUGAGUUGUUUAAUAAAAUGAGGCAGCAAAACGUCUCGCCUGAUCACGUUUCAUUUCUGGCACUUCUUUAUGCGUGCAGCCAUGCAGGUCUGCUUGACGAGGGUAGAAGGUUUCUCAAGAUGAUGGAACAUGAAUAUAAAUUGGAACCAUGGCCUGAACAUUACGUAUGUCUGGUUGACAUGCUGGGUCGUGCAAAUUGUGUAUUGGAAGCCUUUGAAUUCGUUAAAAUGAUGAAGACAGAACCAACCACAGAAGUGUGGUGUGCUCUCCUUGCGGCAUGCCGAUCUCACUCAGAGAAAGAAAUAGGAGAGAUAGCAGCUCAGAGGCUCAUUGAGCUGGAUCCUAAGAAUCCAGGAAAUCUUGUGCUUGUAUCUAAUGUCUUUGCUGAACAGAAAAGAUGGAGCGAUGUUGCAAACGUGAGGGAAAAAAUGAAAGCAAACGGAAUGGAGAAACACCCUGGAUGUAGUUGGAUUGAGGUUCACGGCAAUGUUCAUAGAUUUACAGCAAGAGAUAAGUCUCAUCCAGAGACCAAAGUGAUAUAUGAGAAAUUGUCCAAGGUUACUAGGAGAUUGGAGAGGGAAGCAGGUUAUCUGGCCGAUACAAAAUUGGUUCUGCAUAACGUAGAUGAAGGGGUAAAGGUUCAGAUGCUGCGUGGACAUAGUGAGAGGCUAGCAAUUGCUUAUGGUCUACUCAGAACACCUGACGGGGCCUGUCUUCGGAUCACAAAGAAUUUACGUGUCUGUAGUGAUUGCCAUACUUUUUGUAAGCUGGUCUCUAAGUUAUUCAGACGAGACAUUGUGAUGAGGGAUGCCAAUAGAUUUCAUCAUUUUGAAAAUGGACUCUGUUCUUGCGGAGAUUCUUGGUGAUCAAUCCAGUCCAAGAUUAUAAUGUUAUUAUUUCCACAAGGUUUGGAUAUGGAUAUUUGCCUUCGUCCCACCAAAAAAAAUGCAAGUGAAGUCAUCAUCUUAGGAGUGUUUUGCACCAUCAUAGGGAAAGAGAGAGAGAUGGCAUGAAUUCAAAGUAAGAGAGAAGAUGGAAACAUGAAAAAGAGUAAAGGUAUAUCAGCAUUUAAAACAAGAAGCAGAGACCUAGACAUCAAGCUAGGGAUAGAGUCGUCUAACUAGGCUGUUGCAGAGACCAGCUUGCGAGAGAAGCGCAAACAUAGGAGGGUGGUUAAUGCAAGCAUGGACCCUGGUGAAAAAUUCUUCAAGGAAGACAUAAACGGUCAAGAUUCAAAACAAACUACGUUUACCUGAGAGAGAGAUUAGAGAAAGAAAGAGAUGUAUCACAAUAAAGGACGCUCUGUUUAGAGUCACAGGUGGUGGAAAUAUAGGUAUGCAGGGCCAAGUCUCUAAUCUCUAAUUCAUAGCCCUUAUUGAUUUCUUCCUCUCUUAGCUUAGCUGUAUGCAUUAUGGUGCUUCUUUAAUUCACUGUUUUAGGCUUCUUUAAUUUGUGGUCUCUCUCUCUCUCUCCUUUUUACCCAACCAUCUCUUUUAAUUUUUAACAUCUGUCCCUCAACAACUCUUCUCUCAUCUCUUUCUAUAAAUAUCUAUAACGCUCUUAAACCUCAACGCAGCAUCUCUCUUUUCUCAUCUCCCUCUUCUUGUUAAAGUACCAUUUCUUGUUUCCUGUAUGUUUGUCUUUGUCAUCAUGUAUGCACUUCCAAUUUCUCCAAGAUAUUAACUGCCUUCCAUUUCAUAUGUACAAGUUUUUUGAAGACAAGUCCACAAGGGAACAAGUGAAGCUGCCAGCAUGAUCUAUCUUAGGUUGAGAGAUGAAUGUGGAAACAUAUCGUUUAAACCCAAGCUAGGUCAUGUCUGACAGCCUCACUUCUUCCUGGUAUAGGACUAUUCACUGCUGAAACAUCACACAUGCCGAUUGAAAGAAAGUGAGAAAUCCUAAACGCACACAGUUCUUCUACAGGAACCGCCAACUGAACUGGAAAGCCACCUUGUUGCAGCAGUAUGAAAGAACUUUGCAGCCAGUGACUCUAACCUUGUGCUCAUCAGCUCGUUUGAUCAAAAACCGUCUCUUGGUGGGGAUUCAUCAAGGUUUCAUUAUCACCGUAUGUAUUUGAAUCUUUGGGUCGUUCAAGGAGAGUUUCACACUGUUUGUAAUGUUAUCUAUUUUCAGUUAUCCACCCAUCCCUAGAGAACUGCAUCCGUUACGGUACGCUGCUCAAGGUUUUUCGAGGGAUGGGCUUCUUGAACCCUUAAAUAAGGAUCUUGGAUUCUUAAAGUAACUGAGGAACGGUGUCUCGGAAACAGGUAUGAAUUUUGUGAAAAAGCCAAUUGGCCAGGAAAGAGACGCAAUGGCUAUGCAAGUUCCCCAUUGCCAUCCGUUAAGCCUUACUGUAUCCGCAAACUUUUUUAGAAAUUCCACCAUAAUGACUUGAAGCACGAUAGUGAUCGCUAUGAUUCCAAUGAACAACCUGUUUCUGUGAAGUCCUUUGAACACAUUUUUCUUCUCCAUCUCCCUUGCGUUGAACUCGUUGAAAACUUGGCAGAGCACGAAAGUGUUGAAUAUGAGCGUGUCCUUCACUUCCUUGCGCACAUUGAAUAUAGACAUACCUUUGAACUGUAAGACCAAGAGUACGGCUAUUUGAUAUAAUGACUGAACCAGGAGAUUUCUCCACAUGACAUUUGUUAUCAGGGCCGCUGUUCGCCCAACUGGCUUUCGCUUAAGGAGCUCGUUGGUGGGUCGCUCUGUGGCGAGAGCCAGAGCUCCCAGAGUGUCCAUGAUGAGGUUUACCCACAGCAGUUGUACUGCUGUCAGUGGAACUUCACCAGCGGAGACUGCUGCGAUGAAAUUGAUCACAAGAGCUGCAACGUUCACUGUUAGCUGAAACUGAAUGAAUUUCUGGAUAUUGUUGUAGACACACCUUCCCCAUUUUAAUACCGUAGCAACGGAUGUGAAGUUAUCAUCUAGAAUGACAAUGUCUGAGCUUUCUUUUGCCACUUCAGUGCCCUGAAUUCCCAUGGAGAGUCCAAUGUCUGCUUCUUUAAGUGCAGGUGCAUCGUUGGUGCCAUCCCCUGUGACGGCUACCACGUGGCCUUUAAGUCUCAGACAUUUGACCAUUAGGAGCUUGUCCGAGGGAGAGGACCUUGCCAUGACCCGGAUCUUCUCAACUUUCUGCAUUCUCUCUUCGUCAGUAUAGUUUCUGAAUUGAACCCCUUCUACAACAGCCUCCUCUUCAUCUUUGUCAUUGUGGUCGAGGAUUCCACAUUCAAAAGCUAUUGCUUUUGCAGUAAAAACAUUAUCUCCUGUUAUCAUCUUGAUGGUGACUCCAGCAAGUAUACAAGUUUCUACAGCUUUUGAGACACCAGGCCGACAUGGAUCUUUCAGACCCACAAUUCCCAUCAAGGUCAAGCCAUCUUCCUCUAGUCCCCCCGAGUCAUUCGAAGAUACUUUAUGGGCAAAUGCUAUGCAUCUGAGGCUACUGGCCGCCAUGCCUUGGAUUAUUGCCUGAAUUCUGUUCUUUGCGGUUGAGUCCAUUGAGUCAACGGACCCAGUGAUGGUGUAGUAUUGAGAACACAUAGCCAGGACCAUUUCAGCGGCUCCUUUCCAGUGCACAUGGACUGUGUUGUCAGAUUUUCUCCGGACCAAAACUCCACUUCGCUUCUUUGCCGAGUUGAAUGUUUCAACUCGGAGAACAUGGUAUUUUUGCUUCACUGUCUCCAUAUCCAUACCCAGAUUUAGCACUGUCCAAGAUAAGAGAGCCUUCUCUGUUGGACUGCCCGAGAACUCAGGCGUUGGCCCUGAAUCUGAGUCUGACACACAGACACUACCUGUCGUGUUCAGACCUGUGCCUUGGUAAAGCAGAUCGAGAACGUCAGGUGAGAUCAUUUUGGUAGAAUCCUCAUGGAUUGACUCUUGGCCAAGCCAAAACUUGGUAACCUUCAUCUCGUUCAGUGUUAGAGUGCCUGUCUUGUCUGUGCAUAUCACCGUGGCUGAGCCCAUCGUCUCACAGGCUGAGAGCUUUCUGACCAUAGCUUGAUCAGACAUCAUUCUCUUCAUGGAAUAAGCAAGGGUCAGAGUCACAGCCAAUGGCAAGCCUUCCGGGAUAGCCACUACAACAAUGGUGACUGCAGCUGCCACUAUUCUCACAACGGAACUGACGACAGUGUUAACAGGUGUUUUGCUCCCGUUGUAUUCUAUUUUUCCAUCUUUCUUUGUGUUCCCUGUGAAGUAACGGACUAAUAACACUACCAGGACAAGUGCAGCCACAGUAAGACCAAGUUUUCCGAUGGUCGAGGUCAGCGUGUCAAGACGAACCUGCAAAGGUGUUCUCUCGCUAGAAUCUUGGUUUAUGGAGCUCAUCGUCUGCCCCCAGGUUGUGCUCAUACCAACGGACACAACCAGCAUCUUAGCAAACCCGUCGACUAUCUUAGUCCCUGAGAACAAGAAGGGAUUAUCCUUGUGAUCGACUUCAAGAUGGUCACUCUCUCCUGUCAUACUAGACUCGUCCACCUGAAGGGAAUGUCCAUCUAAGAAGAGGCCAUCGGCCGGAAUCUGAUCUCCAAUCUUCAAGAAGGCAACAUCACCAACAACAACAUCAAAUAUGGAGAUAUGUUGGCGCCUGCUGUCCCUAAGGACUUCCACUUUGAUAUUAUUGCUUAUCUUGGACAGCUUGUCGAACUGUCUCUCCUGCCUGAAGUUGCUGAGAGCAGAGACAACUAUGACCAAGAAAACUGCUACGAAAAUGCUUCCGCCUUCAUACCAACCUUCUUUGAGGCCGUGUUCUUUGAUACCGAAGCCAAGGGAGAGAGUGGCGCAGGCCAACAGGAUCAAGAUGGUUGUGUCUUUGAAAGCUUCAUACACAAAGAAGAAAAGUCCUUUAGGCGGUGGCUUGUGGUAGGUGUUAGAGCCAAAUAGGUCACGGCGUCUAUUGACCUCUUGCUCAUUCCCGUGGAUUCCUUUGCUGGCGUUUGUUCUGAGGGAAGCGGCGAUACCCUCCACUCCACCCAAAGCUUGAAUGCCCGGUAAGUCCUUACCCUUCAUGAUCUUCACAAGUUGUUCCUGGUCGAUGUCAGGAACGUAAGAGAGAGGCAUAGAGUUUAUCUGUGUCCCAUCACCAGACUCGAGGGCAGUGUAGGAGAGGGAGGCAUCAUCAGAGGAUUUGGGAGCAAUCCUCGCGGGAACUAUCUCCUUGACGAGGGAAAGCAUAGCCCUGACAGAGUAGAUGGCAGCGUAGGCAAUACGCCAACGCCUCUGGGCCUUGUUGAGGCUGGAAAAGUUGAGCAACAGAGCAGGGUAAUCAUAUUCCUUGAGGUCUCUCAUGGUUUGGUUAGUGUGUGUAGAGAGAAUGAGAGAGAGCUUUGACGGGGAGUGAAUACAGAAAUUCGCUCGCUCUCUCGCCUCUAAGAGUAAAACACUCGAGGAAUGAUUUCUCUCUUCCCUUUCACUUCUAAAAAACCCUGAAACUCAUGUUAUUAUAUAAACCCAUAUGGCCGCCUAAAUUUUUUAACUUUUAACUUGUAAUACUUACUACUGUAUAUAAUUUUGAGGCGGUGAAACACGAAGUCUUGUCCGAUCAGAGGAGUGGGAAGCACAUACUUACUUGUACGUGUACUUUGUGCUAG